AUGUUAUCUCUCUGGUGUUUGGGCAUCGUUGGUCUUGGGGUAUUCCUCUUUCGGUCACUGUCUUCGCCAGUUGCAAAGGUCCCCGGUCCAUGGUAUACACUUUUCACAGGGCUGGUCAUCAAGUACUAUGAGUUUACUGCGACGCGACGUGUCUUCAUUCAUGAUCUCCAUAAACGAUAUGGACCGGUCGUGCGUAUAGCGCCGAAUGAAGUGUCUUUUGCCAGCCUGGAGGCUAUUCGCGAGAUAUACGCUUCUGGCGGAAGUGGGUACGACAAGACGGAAUAUUAUGACUUGUUCCGGCAGUUCAAUAUCAAUCGACGCAAACGAGAGCUCGCCGAUCGAUAUGCGAUGACCAAUAUUCUGCGCGAGAUUCAUGUCUCUGCGAUCCGCGAAAGGGCAGAGGCUUUUGUCGCCAAGUGCGCUGCGAUAGCAAAGAGCAUAGACGUUUAUGUGUAUCUACAUUGCUACGCUCUCGAUGGUGUCACCAACUUCAUGUUCAGUCCGGGUGGUCUUCGAUCAUUGGAUCGAGCCGAGGACUUUGCGAUAAUGGAGGAGUUGACAUACCACCAAAGUUUGCAGAAGAACCUUGUGCACUACUACCUCCCCAGUAUCGUGCCAUAUCUUCCGUCUUUUCUCAUCCCCCGACGAUCCCCUUUAACCAACGACUAUGUCAUGACAAUGACGAACCAGGCACAACCCGAACCACACAGCUUAAUCUCACGACUCGCGCGACCAGAUUCUCCCUUGAGUUCCCUAGAAGCAGCGGCCGAGUGCAAGGAUCAUAUGGCGGCCGGCAUUGACACCACGGGCGACGGCCUAUGCUUCCUGAUAUGGGAGCUGUCCCAGCCGCAGAACAUGCGGAUCCAGGACCGCCUAUAUGAGGAAUUGCAGAGCGUUCCGAGCGACACUCCUCUUGACAAACUUCCCUACCUCGAUGCCGUGAUCAAAGAGGGCCUGCGAUGCUUCCCGCCCAUCCCCAUGUCGUUCCCGCGAUACGUGCCAGCGGGCGGGCGCACCAUCGAUGGAUACUUUCUCCCGCAGGAUACCAUUGUCAGCUGUCAGCCAUACACGGUGCAUCGUCUCCAUGAAGAUAUCUUUCCCGAUCCGGAUCGGUUCUACCCAGAAAGAUGGUUGGAGGAAAAGGGGGCAGCUGAACGGAAUCGACUGUUCUUUGCAUUUGGCACGGGAGGGAGAGGCUGCACGGGAAGGAAUUUGGCCAUGGUCGAGAUGAGGGUGCUGCUGCAGGCGGUUUAUUCUCGGUUCCGGACGACCGUGGCGUCGGAUAUGACGGGAUGUAUGGAUAUUGAUGAUCAGAUCAUCUCAUCUCGGCCGAAGGAUCAGACGUGCAGGUUGGAUUUUGCACGACGCGAGUGA